ACCAGAGUCCGUUCGAACACGUUCUGCUCGCUCUGGGAGUAUUCGAUUCGAUCCGUUCGUUCGUCAAGACGGUUGACGUUCUCGUGCGCGUAGUUAUCGGUGUUGAAAAAAUGGUGUGUUCAUGGUUACAGAAACAGCAAGUGUAAGUGCAUCUGUGCGAUAUGGUUUGGAAAGUGUGCACAAGUAUGGUUCGAAGUGCCAUAAACAAACGAUAAGUGUAUCUGAUUGUGAGAGUAUGCGUACAUUAAGGUUUUAAGAAAAAUGCUAGCCCCAUCGCUACAGCUCGUGUCGUUGUGGAUAAUGUAUUAGCAGUGUAGUUUUCUAUUUACCGGAAAGUUACAUGGGAGCAAAAUCCGAGAAAUUGAUCUCUCGUUAAUGAGGCGGUUAAAACAAUGAGAGAAGGAGUGGGAAGAGAUGCUAAAUAUCACUCACCGAUGGUGAAGAACUGAAAUUGAAACGAGCGGAGUUUCAUGUUACUGUCGUGUUGGGCAUCAGGUGCAGGUUAGUACGGAACGCGCCACAAAUGUUGCAUUACCUGGUUCCUGAUACUUAGGCAUAGAGGACAGAAGAGAGGUUGCAUUAGCACAAGCGAAACAGAUAACUAGAGAGAGAGAAAUAGAAAGGAAAGCAAUCGAGCAAAGGAAUCAUCCAAUGAAAUGGUGUGGUAAGGGAAAUUGGCGUGCUCUCCAGGACCAUAUUCCAUCGAAGGAGAUGUUCCUAUGGGGUGGUCAAAUCAAAUUACGACUCUGAAAUCAGUGUCCCGCCAGUACGAGUAGACUCCAGAGUCGUAACCAUAGUCGUAUCUUUCGACUAGAGCUCCUCCAACGCCCAUUGAGUGACUACCCCAGAGAUAGAGAAAGAGAGAAAGGCGCUGCCCUUCCAUGGUGUAUGUCAUGAUGCCUGCGACAGAGAACGAAACGUCCCUUGGCUGGAAUGGCGGCUGGGAGUCGCCGGACUACUUUCGACUUUUCGGCGAGAGCGUCUACAAUGAUACCGCGCUGGAUGUGCGGGUACCACCGGACACACCGGCACCUACCGUCAGCGUCUCGACGGUGGCUACCAUGCUAUCCAACGCGUCCUCCAAUGUUGCCAGCAACGACACUGACCAGUACUAUGCGGAUGAUCCGGCCCCCUACAACGAUUCGCUGGAAUCGCCUAUAAGCGAUAGCACCGACUCGCGGGGUUCCAUCUUCGAACUGCUAGCCGAGGAUAUCGGGUCGAUCUUCUACAACGCUAACGGGACGUUCGGGAAUGACACGACCGGUCUGGCCGUAAACUGUUCCCUUUCCAACACGACCUGCAUCGGACCAACGGAAGCAAAAGAGUAUCACUACUGGUGCCUGAUACUAGUGUUGUUCCCAAUCCUGACGCUGUUUGGCAAUGUGCUGGUGAUAUUGGCUGUUUGUCGUGAACGAACCUUACAGACAGUGACCAAUUAUUUUAUAGUGUCAUUGGCGAUAGCCGAUUUGCUGGUGGCCGUAGUCGUUAUGCCGUUUGCCGUGUACGUUCUGGUGAAUGGUGCAUGGACGCUGCCAAAUUUUGCUUGUGAUUUCUACAUAGCUAUGGAUGUGAUAUGCUCAACGUCGUCGAUAUUUAAUUUAGUCGCAAUAUCAAUAGACAGAUACAUCGCCGUAACACAACCGAUCAAGUACGCAAAACAUAAAAACAGUCGCCGGGUGUGUUUGACGAUCCUUCUCGUGUGGGCAAUAUCGGCAGCGAUCGGAUCGCCGAUAGUGCUGGGACUGAACAAUACGCAAGACCGAUCACCCGACCUCUGCGUAUUCUACAAUACCGAUUUUAUAGUGUACUCUUCCCUUACUAGCUUUUAUAUCCCGUGUAUCAUAAUGGUCUUUUUAUAUUGGAAUAUUUUUAAGGCAUUGCGGACGCGAGCGAAAAAGCAGCGAGCCGCCCGGAAGCCGCACCUCUCGGAGAUCACCGCCGGUGGCAGCAUCAUCGAGAACAUUGCUCAAACAAAACGCCUAGCGGAAACGCAACUAGACGGCAGUACGCGAAGCGGUUCCAAGAUCCUUCCGGACGAGGAACGGCCCACCAACACCGCUUCCGGCUCCAAUGAGGAAGACGACGAAAAUGCCGGGUCUCCUGACAUUGACGACUGUCAUGUGAUUGUGAACGAUAAAUCAACUGAAUUUAUGUUGGCUACGGUCGUGGAGGAGGCGGGAAAUGUGGUGGCACAAAUUGCGACAACGCAACAGGUACCGUCCGAUCCCAACGGAAACCACGACUCGGGCUAUGCUCCAUCCAGCAUUGCCGAUGCCCUGGCGGUAAAUGCAACCCCACCGGAAAGCCUGAACGUGACCGCUACGGUGAUUGUAAAUAAAAGUGCGACGAUUCGAAGUCGAAACGGUUCGCCACGGAAGGAAGCAAGUGUGACCUUAAAACCUCUAUCGUUAGUUAGAUGCGGUGUCCAACAGGCACUGACACUGAAUCGGAACGAUUCCACCUUAUCAACGAACUCGCGGGACAGUUCCAGAAAGGAUAAAAAGAAUACUCAAGCAUCCAGAUUUACUAUCUACAAAGUAAAUAAAGCGUCGAAGAAGAAGCGAGAGAAAUCGUCAGCCAAGAAAGAACGCAAAGCGACCAAAACGUUAGCGAUAGUCUUAGGAGUGUUCUUGUUCUGCUGGGUACCGUUCUUUACCUGCAACAUUAUGGACGCGAUGUGCGCGAAGCUAGACAAGGACUGCCGACCAGGCGUCACGAUAUUCAACCUUACCACGUGGCUCGGCUACAUGAACAGCUUCGUCAAUCCUGUCAUCUACACAAUCUUCAAUCCCGAGUUCCGGAAAGCAUUUAAAAAGAUCAUGCACAUCGAGUGAGUGGGACGGAUCGGACCGGGCGCCCGUGGUGGUGACCGGGACGAUGACGAAGCGGAACGAGGCAACGGGGUCAGCAUGGCAGUGCCGGAACCGGUACGCCGUAACACUUCCCAACGACGCAACGUUACCUGGAGCUAGCCAGAAGCCACCGUCGAGCGCAGGGAGCAGGGUCGCUCACACGAACCUGAGCCGAGCUGUGCCGACGGUGGACAGAGGAAUGGGAUCGAGAGCAAACUCUCCCGCAACCCUCAACGAGCCAAUGUCAGUCGACGUCUACGAAAGCGUCAAACAGGAAGAAAGUGAAAGGUAGGGGGCCAUUUUAUUUAUUUGCUGCCAGCCACUGGCGGGCGGUAGAGAACUCUCCGGAACUGGAUCGGAGUCCGGUUGUGGUGUAGUCCGGUCGAGAUUGUAUUUAUUGUGCACUGUAUCUGCCAAGAGGAGAGGAAACGACGGGAUGUCAGUGGUUUAUACAAAUCUUACAAAGCAUUCCGAUGAUACAAUACAACAGACCACCAUAGUUCUAUCCUGACCAGCUGCUCUAUUUCCCCCCGGACUGCGAGUGGCAAACAUAUCGACAACUGUACUCCCCGACCACUCACUAGACUGGCACAAUAAAUCCUUCAAUUCCAUCAUGUGAUCAACCGGAAGGAUGACACCCUAAGCUACUCUCCUUCCGCCAACACAGAAACCAUCUGGGCAUUCUAGCAAACACUGGUGGCUCAAGGCAUGGUGGAGGGGAGAAGAUUUUUGUUAGUUUCGUUUCAUCAGCACGAUUCAGAUUCGAUUUCAACCUUCUUCGCUACUCGAAGCUCCUUGGUAUCCCUCGAAAAACAAACCAUCCACACCCUUGCAGCCGCACGGAUAUACAUAUAUAAUGAAACUUUCUCAUGGAUAGCAAUCGAGAUGCAUCGUUUUUUCAGUCUAUCGAUGCGCCAGAACUACAGUCGAAUGCAGGAUCAGUGCAAGCGAGACCUUUGCUCGUCUGUGUGCCAAAUGCCAAUGGACCUUGCCCGGUCCAGGUGCCAGAGGUAGGUGAAGUAAUUUAACACAAAAGUCUGCAUCGAGCGGAAAUGCAGGAACACCGUAGCAAUUUCUCAUUCUCGUCCAAGUGUGAAAAUGCAACAACAAGAGUCAUAUGUAUGAGGGGAGUGUGUGUUUGUGUGUAGUUCGGUGUGGGAGAUUCAUGGGCAUGUCAAACUCACAUCCGACGAAAACAGAUAAUAGAAAUAACUAUUAAUCGAUAUAAAAAAGCACGACACUCGCUCGUGAGCAAUCAUCGCGCUGCGGGCGCGAAUAUGCAAAAACAAAAAUAAAUAAAGCAAGGAAGAGUGGAAAUAAAUCAACAAAAGCUCCCACGCAACGUAAACCACCGUGUACCGGUGGUAAGCGCUGAUGUAAGUUAACGCCUCGUACGCAUGUUUCUAUGUAGCCGUAACGUAGUGGUUAGUGUCGACUUUUUUAGCGACCGGUUUUACUCCACCUUUGCUGCUUCUCCAACGAACGAACGAGCGCCUGUACAUAUCGGUCCGUUAGGAAAUAAAAACAAAACGUUAUAACCCACUGCUCAAAGCAUGUAAAUUAAGCAUAGCAAAAGCAAACAAACAAAUGAACAAACAAUUGAAACGACAACGACGUAGCGCUCGGUUUUGUUUCUUUUUUUUAUAUUUUACGUUCCUCUCUUAACUCAAAAUAGCGUUCGAACGGAAAAUGCAGCUGAGACCAAUUGAAAGUGCACAGAAGAAAAAAAAAAAAAACAACCAGAGGGACAGCUCAUGUAGUUUAUACUGUGGUUUGCGAAUCGUCCUUCUUCCGCCGGAUAGCGGCUGCCAUUGAAAGCACCAUGUUUUCAAAGUAAAACAAAACCAAACGCAACCGUAAACCAAAGCAAAGUGAAAGACAAAAAAUUGAGAUUAGUGUUUAGGCGUGGCAAACGGAGCGAUUAUCUGCCUUUAUCGUUCGCUGUGUGGCGCAUACGAAGCUUCCAGAAACGAACGGGGAGACCAGAUACCGCUUGUCACAUACUGUGUAAAUGCUAAGUAAAUUAGUUAAGACAAACAAAAGUAAAACGCUCCUUUCUGCGCACCGUGGACCGAGCCGGGUGUGACUGUUUGGAGGCAAAUUAGUGCAAUAAGUAGUGUAAUGUAGCAGUUUCAAGUUAUCGAUGCAAUCGAUCGUUCAGAGAGCGAGAGGGAGAGAGAGAAAUCGUUGUAGCAAAGGAGAUAAUAUCGGAGAAUGAGUGCAUAAUGCAGUGCACUGAUAACUAAACCAUACUCGCUCAUCACAUAAAAGAUAUACUAUUCUACACAAACUCAUGCGCGAGAUACACUCCCACGCACGAGCGCUUGGUUGAACAUUUCAAGCGUAGUACAAAUUAUUCAAUAACAAAUACUCGAAUAAUGCAACUUAAGUUUUAAAUCAAUUCUAAGCAUAGUUCAUGCGCUUGUGUCUGGGUAUGUAUUCGUGCGUGUUUGUGCGUAGGUAGAUUAACGAUCCACCACGAUCCACAACUAUGGUGUCAUCUUUCUUCGAAUAAUCGUACUCACAAACGAUCUACGAUGGAGUUUGUGAAAUGAUGGAAUGUAAAUAUCGUUGUUACACUUUCGGUUGAUAAUGCUCGAUUACCGUGGAGAGUGGAUGCGAGUCAGCAUCUGAAGCGUGUUCACUAUUGCUUAUGUUUCAACUCGCUUUGAUAGUUUAACAAACUGUUACAAUUUAGAAUAUGUUUAAAGACUGUCCUAUUGGAAUUUAUAGCAACUACGAAAUGGUGGGAAAAAGUACUCAAUAACAAAACAUCGUUAAACGAGCCGUCUAAGAAAUGAAUGAUUUGCGCACCUUUUCUGAUAAGAAAUGCAACAUGCGAUGAAGGCGAUCGAUAAAGCAAGCGUUAGUUUUAAUUAGUGUCAUGCGAUUCUUUCUUAUUCCAGAUUUUUGCAAAAUAAUUCAACCUCUUUCGAAGGUUG